AUGCAUCCUACAAUUGUUCUCGCGGCUCUGGUCGCCUUCGUUCCUGCUGCAUUCUCUGAGGAACUCAAUGCAGAUGCUGUACCUACUGCUUGCAAGACAAUCUGCCAGCCCAUCGUCAACCUCACCAAUGCCUGCGACAUUGACCCCAAGGGUCCCGAGAAGCACAGCGACAGAAGACGAGACCUUGUCAUUCUUGAUCAUGAAGAUGACGAUGAGCCCAUCGAAGCGGCUUGUAUCUGUACGAACAAGAGUUUCGAUGUCGAGGGCGUGAUGGCACUAUGCGCGAGCUGCAUGGCGCAGAACAGCAAGGACACAGAAGACAUUGAUAAAAUCAUGUCGCAAUGCUCCUUCUCAUCAACCUCUUAUGUGCGCGCAGCGACGAGUGUAGUAUCGGGCAUCGAGGUUCAGGCUACCAAACCGGCUGCAACAGUAACUCCUGUAGCUACAACCAGGGCUGCCGCGGCUACAGCGACCGAAACGGUUGGAAACAGCGCUGGGAAGCUCACGGGUUCUACUGUGCUGUGCUUCUUCAGGGAUACAAUGUUUGGUUCUUGGGACGAGGAUGCGAAGGACUGGGAUGCUGACGCCGAGUAUUGCGAGGUCGUUAGAAUGCGUGAUAAUCCUGCGGCGAUUGCACUCCCUAUGGUGAGACGACUCCGGGAGAAAUUUGGAUGGAAGCUGGAUAUCGUCUAUCCUGAAUCGGAUGAUCCGCUCCCAAAGAGCAACUGUCAGACGCUGAACCAGCAAGAUGCCAUCUAA